AUGACACGGAGGCUUUUGGAAUGCAGUUUCAAUGACAAGUUGUGUGUUGUCCGGGAGCAGCAGUAUGAGGUUAUCAUCAUCCCAACCCUCCUGGUUGGUAUCUUCCUCAUCCUUCUUGGGGUCAUCUUGUGGCUUUUUAUCAGAGGACAAAGAGUCCAACAGCAGACUUCUGGACACCAAGGUAUUAGCUCCAAGCCUGGGGACCUCAGCUGGAAAGCAUCAGGAUUUGGAGAAAAUGUGUCUGUGCAACUUGAGACAUCAAUAGAAAGCCUUCUACAAGCCACCACACCUGCCUUAUCUAAGCUGCAGGUGCCCCGGGAGCAGCUCUCUGAAGUUCUGGAGCAUAUCCACAAUGGUAGUUGUGGAGCCAUCUAUAGAACCAAGAUGAACACUGGGGACCCUGCUAAGUCCAAGAGUGUUGUACUCAAGGCUUUAAAAGAACCAGCUGGGCUCCAUGAAGUACAGGAUUUCUUAGGGCGAAUCCAAUUCUAUCAGUACCUGGGGAAGCACAAGAACCUGGUACAGCUGGAAGGCUGCUGCACGGAAGGGCUGCCACUCUACAUGGUGUUGGAAGACGUGGCCCAGGGGGACCUGCUCAGCUUUCUCUGGACCUGUCGCCGGGAUGUGGUGACCAUGAAUGGCCUUCUCUAUGAUCUUACAGAAAAACAAGUAUAUCACAUUGGGAAGCAAGUUCUUCUGGCUCUGGAAUUCCUCCAAGAUAAGCAUCUAUUCCAUGGAGAUGUGGCAGCCAGGAAUAUUCUGAUCCAGUGUGAUCUCACUGCCAAGCUCUGUGGACUAGGCCUGGCUUAUGAAAUCCAUGCCCGAGGGGCCAUCUCCUCUAUUCGAACCAUACCUCUCAAGUGGCUUGCCCCAGAACGGCUUCUCCAGAGACCUGCUGGCAUGAGAGGAGAUGUCUGGUCUUUUGGGAUCCUCCUUUAUGAGAUGGUGACUUUAGGGGCCCCACCAUAUCCUGAAGUCCCUCCUACCAGCAUCCUACAGUACCUCCAAAGAAGGAAAAUCAUGAAGAGGCCCAGUAGCUGUACGCACAACAUGUACAAUCUUAUGAAGACUUGCUGGCGCUGGAAUGAGGACAACCGUCCCUCACCUAGAGUGCUACGCCUGCGCCUAGAAGCUGUUGCGCAAAAUGCAGAUGACAAGGCUGUGUUGCAAGUACCAGAGUUAGUGGUGCCUGAACUGUAUGCAGCUGUGGCUGGCAUCAGUGUGGAGAGCCUUCCCUACAGCCAUACCAUCCUUUGA